AUGUCACUCCUUAUGAAUGAAGACUUUUCGAUAUAUCAACUUCGCCUGGGAUACUUGAACAACAUACGCGACGGCGUCGGCGAGCGUCUCAUCAAUCUUAAUCCUGCCAUUCUCAACAACCCUGCGUUUCGUACAGCAGGCUGGGUGCCGGAUGUCGCUGCUAUCAAGCGUUGUCAUUCGCCGCCGAUUCCCACCGGCACCUCUGAUAUAAAUAAUGAAUACUUUCAGCGACCGCGGAGGGCUGUGGCCGCCCAGGAAGAUGAGGUAGCCCCAGAGGAAUUUGGACGAGGAAUGGUCACAGGCAUUCACGGAAGCGAUGACACUCUAGGACCAGCAGGUCUGCAGGCAAAUGAAAGGAAGAGAGAGAGACGCAGAAGGAAGGAACAGCUGGAAGACGACGACAGUUCCGAUUUGACAGAUGACAGCGAGGACGAGUCCGAGGCGCCGACUGGAGUGGUGAAGUUCGACCGCAUACCCAUGCGGGAUCGCUCCAAAUCCUCGCCCCCGACACGCCCUGCGACAUCAAGGCUGGAGUCUGAAUUUGAUGGGCCGGCAGCAACAAUUACGGGUCUGGCGCGCCCGAUAGUUGGGGGAACCGAGAGGCUGCGCAGUGGCAGCUUAGGCGCGAUUGAGAGAAUCCGAACACGGCCACGGAGAGAUACCACAACAAGCUCUGAAAUGUCGUCGGAGAAUGAGUACGCGCCUGAUGCAGUACGAGCUGGUCGCCCUGGCAAGGGUCGCAGCGUUCUCGCGCUAGAGGAUGAUAUCAAGGAGGAGGAGGAGUCUGACAUUGCUCUGGCAUCGGAUCUUGACGAUGAAGGUACCGAUGUUGGUGAUCAAGUUUCAGACCUGAGCGACGAGGAGUUCGAGCACACUGCCGGCUCAGGAUCCCUGCUGGUCUUGGGCGUUGCUGCUGCGAGCGAUGAACUUUCAUCAUCGGUAAUACGUCCGCCUCCAGUGAUCAUUCCCGCCAUCACGCCAGCCAAUUCAUCCCCCAAGAGGUUCGCUAAAGACGCCCUACCGAAGUUACCAAAGUUGCCGGCAGGCCAACGAGUGCAAAGUACGCAGGGUGUGUCCAUGCUCAGCAUGUUGCUCAAGGGCAAAGAUGGCGGUGCUGGCAACGAGAAGCCGUUCCAAAGAUUUGCCGAGUUUUCGGGCAAAGGAGAAGCCACACCUCUGUGGAUCAAGAUCUAUGCACCGUUCUCUUCUACUCCGACCGAGCCGAUCGAGGUGCCGAUGCGGAAAACAAAAGAUGACAAACCAGUCACUGUCGCUGAGCUCAUUGGUCUCGCCCUGUGGCGUUACGAAGAAGAGGAAUACCAGCCAGCGCUACAACAGGACGAGCGCAACAUCAACCGCUGGACACUCAGGAUUGUGGAGGACGAAGAAGUGGACUUUGACUUUCCAGCGCUUGGUCGCACGAGACCAGUGACAGACUUCACUUCGAAUAACAAUCGCCCGCCACAACGACGAGCUCGAGACAAACCUUGGGACGAAUUUGGAUUGGUAAAGGCAACAGACGAGCAAUUCGCUGAGAACGAAGCCCUAACUCCGCAAGUGUCUGAUACGACAAUGACCAAGUCAGUCGCAGCCAUGACACCCAGGCUCGAGGUCAGCAAACCUCUUGUCGCCGGCUCUAUUUUCAGAUCGCACUCGGAUGGCCCAAUCACCACCGCAACGACUGUAAACACCAAUCCCAUCACGGCUGGUAUUCCAUUUGGUGCAAUGCUUCGCAAGGAUUCCACUGUACCUCCCAUGGAUGCCCCUCAGACUGCAGGACCUCGCGGCGCCACGAAGAUGGGUCCACCUUGCACAGUAACGGUGCAAUACACAGACUCACAGAGCUUUGUGACACGCAACGAGCAAUUCGAAACUACGACCGACAGCUACAUUGGAGAUAUCUUCGAGCAAAGUUGCCGUCGACUCAAUCUUGACAAGGCCUCCCACGUCUUGAAAAUCCACGGGACGUCUACAGUAGCACCCAACGAUUGCAUGGUAGAAGUUUUGGGCGAAAAGUUGCACCUCAAUCUCGUCCGGAGACGCUUCCAGGAUAUCGGACCUCAUGGAAGCUCGCCUGUCAGUGGAAUCUCUCCGGAUCUACCCGUGGACAUGAGAAUCGGAACUUCCAACCCUUCACGUUAUGGGAAAGCGGCGCGGUUAGCAACUACAACGAAGGUCAAUGCUACGACAGAAACAAUUUACAGACUCAACAAGGAUGGUGGUGGCAAGCGAUACAAUGUCAUUCGUAAGCAACCGCUGAGCUUUGCUGCACCUCAUCCUCGCACCCUGAUCAUCACGCCGGAGUACAUGACCAUCAUGCCUGCAGCACCAGACAGUCUAGCGGCACCUAUCGGGAAAAUCACAAAUGUCGCGAUGAGCAGCGUGAUUGGUGCAAAAAUCAGUCGGAAGCAUCCAGCGAUCUUCAAGAUCUUUGUCAUGAGAAACCGCGAAACCAAGAGAUACGACUUUGAGGCCAAGUCGAAGGCCGAAGCAGAAUCUGCUGUGGCAGACGUGCGAAAGGGUAUGCAAGCUGCUGGCGGUGGGCCAAGCGCUACCGGUCUAUUCGAUGGCGACUGA